UCCUCCUAAACCGUGCGCCAAAGUUGGCCACUUCAACUACUCCCAACCUCUAAGCAGACUUUUCCGUCAAAAACUACCAGACCUUUUAGUAAAACACAGCACAGAAUUCAAUAACCUUUGCCCACUUGUGAGUGUAAGAUCCAUUGCCCCCACACAAACUCACAUUUACUCCACCUUGCGAUCAGUGUUGUUGUUAUCUAUCCAUGAUUCUUGUCAUUCAACUUCAGAACGACAUUUUUUUUCUCUUUUGGGGGGUUUAGCGUCCCAAGUCGUCUGGCUGGACCUAUUUUUUUAUUCCCUUUUUUUCUUUUUUUGUUUUUUUUAAAAAAAAAAAACAGAAGACGGCGCUAAGUAAUUUUCACGUUAUUUUUGUUCGCGGCAAAGCAAAUAGUCAUCCUGUCUGGACUUGUUUGCGCCAUUAAGAACUUGGCUUGAUCUGUGACUGCUCUUCUGUUGACAGUAGAGAAUGGCUACAUUACCAGGAACAGUACCUCGAAUGAUGAGACCAGCGCCAGGCCAGAACUAUCCUCGCACUGGAUUUCCCUUAGAAGUGUCAACACCUCUGGGUCAGGGCCGGGUGAACCAGCUCGGCGGUGUGUUCAUUAACGGCAGGCCGCUGCCGAAUCACAUCCGACACAAGAUAGUCGAGAUGGCACAUCACGGUAUAAGACCCUGCGUGAUCUCACGGCAGCUCCGAGUUUCCCACGGCUGUGUAUCCAAAAUCCUUUGCCGGUACCAGGAGACGGGUUCUAUUCGCCCCGGGGCUAUCGGAGGAAGCAAACCCAGGCAGGUAGCAACGCCUGACGUGGAGAAAAGGAUAGAAGAAUACAAGCGGGAGAACCCGGGCAUGUUCAGUUGGGAGAUCCGGGACAAGCUGCUGAAGGACGGGGUGUGUGACAGAAGCACAGUUCCUUCAGGUGAGGCCCCAUCUGUCAGCUCCAUUAGCCGGGUUCUGAGAGCAAGAUUCGGGAAGAAAGAUGAUGAAGACGAUUGUGAUAAAAAGGAUGAUGAUGGGGAAAAAAAGACGAAGCACAGCAUCGACGGGAUACUGGGCGACAAAGGCAACCGCAUGGACGAGAGCUCAGACGUGGAGUCGGAGCCGGAUCUGCCCCUGAAGCGCAAGCAGAGGCGCAGUCGGACCACCUUCACGGCGGAGCAGCUGGAGGAGCUGGAGAAGGCCUUCGAGAGGACGCACUACCCAGACAUCUACACCCGCGAGGAGCUGGCCCAGAGGACCAAGCUGACAGAGGCCCGCGUGCAGGUGUGGUUCAGCAACCGACGAGCCAGGUGGCGCAAGCAAGCAGGAGCCAAUCAGCUGGCUGCUUUCAAUCACCUGUUACCUGGCGGGUUCCCGCCCACUGGAAUGCCCACUCUGCCAACGUAUCAACUUCCUGAGUCUACCUAUCCCACCACCACAAUAUCACAGGAUGGCAGCAGCACAGUUCACCGGCCCCAGCCGCUCCCCCCCUCCACCAUGCACCAGGGCGGGCUCACGGCCGACAGCAGCUCCGCCUACGGCCUCUCGUCCAACCGCCACAGCUUCUCCAGCUACUCGGACACCUUCAUGAGCCCGUCAGCGUCCAGUAACCACAUGAACCCGGUCAGCAACGGGCUUUCUCCACAGGUGAUGAGCAUUCUGAGUAAUCCCAGCGCAGUUCCACCCCAGCCCCAGCACGACUUCUCCAUCUCCCCCCUGCACAGCAGCCUGGAGUCCUCGAACCCCAUCUCAGCCAGCUGCAGCCAGCGCUCUGACCCCAUUAAGAGUGUGGACAGCCUGCCCUCCUCUCAGUCCUACUGCCCACCGACGUACAGCACCACCAGCUACAGCGUGGACCCCGUUACUGCUGGCUACCAGUAUAGCCAGUAUGGCCAGACUGCAGUCGACUACCUGGCCAAGAACGUGAGCUUGUCCACGCAGAGGAGGAUGAAGCUGGGGGAGCAUUCGGCGGUCCUGGGACUUCUUCAGGUGGAGACGGGACAGGCCUACUGAACCCGGUCUCCCCCGGUCCCCUUUCUCCCUUCCACUCUCACUCCCCCCUCCUCCCCCCCACCCCCUCACCCUUUCCACCUCCACCCUCACUUCCUCAUCCCCCGAUGUCUGCGCUCCAGUCCGGCGGCGGCCGGUGGAGUCCGGCCUGCGCGUGUGCUCGGGGUGUUUUCCACGCGCGAGUAAACGCGCUUGAAGUCACUUGUGGGACAGAACUGAAGCUAUUCUGUAGCUGGUUAGGGUGAGAAGAUUCUUAAAAAAACAGCAGUUCCAAAAUCAAACACCCCCACACCCACCACCCCGCCCCCUCCCCUCACACCCCCUAACCCCUUCUAAUCACCAACAAAGAGACCCAUUCACGACUUCAGACGAUCCAAGGAAAAGGACCGUCUGUUGUCUCGGAAAAAAUCAAAAGCACUGCCCAUUGGCGGGGAAAGUUAGCACACAAGACAACGUCUGAAGCUGUUUCUCACCCCAGAUUUUGACCUUGCUGUUUAUAGUAGUUUGUUAGUAAUUGCCAUUAUAAUUCUAAUUGUUAUUAUUAUUGUUAUUAUUAUUGUUGUUAUUAUUAUAAUUAUUGUAAUUAUGUUUUUUUUAAUUUGUAGAUUUUUUUUUUCUUUAUACGACCUUGUUGUAAAUGCUAACAGAUGACUGAGGGAGAGAAGACGUGUGUGGCUAAUAGCAGAAGCCGAGGACAUUUUAGGAUGGUGUCUCUCUGCCUGCUCUCUGAGCUCUUUGAUACAAAGCAAUGAUCUGACCUUCCCAUCGUAAUCUGUAAUUUGACAUUCCGAAAGGGCUUGGCCACUCUGUGGGAUGUCUAGCUCUCCAGCUCAUUGGGGAAUUUUAAAACAGUGUGGUGGCUGGUUGCCCUCCGCAGAAAAAUAACUCUCUCCCUUAGGCAUGGGGAACUGGGACAAGGGCAUUUUUCAAGAAAAGGCUGUUGGAGGAAACGGAAGUUAUAAAACAGAAGAAAUUUGAAUUCAAGAAGGACAAAGUGAAAGUCCUUUAGCCUGCUGCUGGGGUGUUAUGGUGUACCCCUCACUGCUUGUUCCCCUGUGUAUGCACAUCUGUAUGCACUCAGUGGGACAUCAGGAUCAUGACAAACCCACCAAAGGUUUUCAUCAGAUAGUUCCUAAAACGGGUUUGCAUCCAGUUCCUUCCUAACAUGUCUUACAUUCCAGAAUAUGAUACUUCAUGUGAUAUUAACCUUUACCAACUGAAAGACCUUUCUGUAAAGUAAACAUUCCAUGACACUGCUAGCAUAACCGAUUCAAGUUUUGACCAAUUUAAUGACACUGUCCAGAGAGAGGGGUCCUAGCCAACUAAAAUCCUCAGAAUACUCUGUGUGUUAUGAUCAUAUUUUCAUUGGCUAGGAUUUCUCCAAAGAUAAGGCUGCAUUGCAGUAUGUUAGUUCUAAAGUGCUGAACAACAAGCUGAUUAGGAAUCUUUUCCUUUGAACCUCACCUGGUGUUUAAAAGUAGACAGAGAAAAGGUAACAUCUACACAAGUGCCGAAGCAAUUGUGCUUUCAAAUUCUGUUUUAUUCCUAAAAUGGCCUUUGUAUUGUGGACAUUACAUAAGUAAUUUAAAUCCUUUUUAGAUCCCUUUUCUGAUCAUAACAGUUCCAUUAAAAAGUAAUUUUGCUCUGAUAUUCAGAAGUUUUUUUUUUUAAAUCAGUAAACCAACUCCAAGAAUACUAUUGGGACUCAGAAACAAUCUGAUCUGAAGUACACUGUCUCACCUACUCUGUGCAAGUACAUUGCUGUAGGGUUUUCCAGCAUUUUAGUAUCAGGUUGACAGAAAGCUCUUGUAUCUUGAACUCCAGUUAAUAUGCAUUCAUAGACCUAUAGAAAAAAAAACAACGGAAAAAGUUAAUAGUGAAUAUCAAACAUUUGUGUAGCGCUUAUAGUUUAUCUUGGGCACAAUCUAUUUAGUCACAUAUAAAGUUCAUUGUACAGUAGACAUAAGCAGAUUGUGUAUUGUAUGUUUAUAAAGAGUAUGUUUUAUACUAAAACAAAAAAACGUGCAGUGGUAGAUUGAACGAGAGACCUGUGGAAGUCUUUUAUAAUGCAUCUUUGAUUUACAUUCCUUAAUAUUGUUUUUAUAUUUUUAUUUGCCUCUUUUUUUGUUUUUAAUUUGUCGUAUUGAUGUUUUUGGGAAAAAAAAAACGGACAGAUCGUAUCGCUUUUGCUUACGGGAAGCAACAGACUCUUGAUGAAAAAGGACAUAAAGUAGAUCAACUCACCCACCUCAAGUAUUAAUCAAAUAUUUAAAUAAAUGUAGAAUAUUCUACCAGAAAGACUGAGAACAUGUCAUCUGGAUGGCCAGAGCAAGGGCCAGUAUCAGAGAAUGACGGGGAAUAUUCCAUCUGGACAGAUCACUGGACAAUAGGAACGUGUUCUACGUUUACACAAGCUGUUACUACUGGAAGCGUAUUCUUCUGUGGUUUGGUCUGACAUUCCGAACUUGAUUCCGAAAGCAGUGUUUUGAGGAACAACAGCAAAAAACAAAAUAAAACUGUAGCGUGUGCAUGGACUCAUGGUUUCCACAAAAAGGUGCUUUUUCUGCUCCUUCCCUGCCAAAGCACUGCAAGUGGCAAACCGCGGACCUCUGCUGCCAUUGGAGACAUGGACAUCUCCUCCUGGAUGAAUCAGGAUGCGUGAGCAGGGCUGUACAUAUACUGCCAGACACUUGACCUCAAUAAAACAGAAACAACGACAACAACAAAAAAAAAAUCUUGAUUUUCUUCUCCUUCUUCGGCUCUCGAGGCGGAUCCAAACCUUCAUUUUAAAUGCUGAGACUUUGUGUAUUUUUUAAAAAAAAUCAACAAAAAUGGGAAAAAAAAAAGAAAAAAAUGGAGAAAUAAAAAAAACGCUUCUAGUAUAUAACACUCAUUUCUAACACUUGCAUUUAUCAACGUUGGGAUAUUUAAAGCACUAUGUGACCUG